ACUACUGAAGCACCAACAACUACCACAACUACUGAAACUCCAACCACUACAACAACUACUGAGGCACCAACAACUACCACUACAGAAGCCUUGACCACUACUACUGAAGCACCAACAACUACCACAACUACUGAAACUCCAACCACUACAACAACCACUGAGGCACCAACAACUACCACUACAGAAGCCUGGACCACUACUACUGAAGCACCAACAACUACCACAACUACUGAAACUCCAACCACUACAACAACCACUGAGGCACCAACAACUACCACUACAGAAGCCUUGACCACUACUACUGAAGCACCAACAACUACCACAACUACUGAAACUCCAACCACUACAACAACCACUGAGGCACCAACAACUACCACUACAGAAGCCUUGACCACUACUACUGAAGCACCAACAACUACCACAACUACUGAAACUCCAACCACUACAACAACUACACAGGCACCAACAACUACCACUACAGAAGCCUUGACCACUACUACUGAAGCACCAACAACUACCACAACUACUGAAACUCCAACCACUACAACAACCACUGAGGCACCAACAACUACCACUACAGAAGCCUUGACCACUACUACUGAAGCACCAACAACUACCACACCAACAACUACCACAACUACUGAAACUCCAACCACUACAACAACCACUGAGGCACCAACAACUACCACUACAGAAGCCUUGACCACUACUACUGAAGCACCAACAACUACCACAACUACUGAAACUCCAAGCACUACAACAACUACACAGGCACCAACAACUACCACUACAGAAGCCUUGACCACUACUACUGAAGCACCAACAACUACCACAACUACUGAAACUCCAACCACUACAACAACUACUGAGGCACCAACAACUACCACUACAGAAGCCUUGACCACUACUACUGAAGCACCAACAACUACCACAACUACUGAAACUCCAACCACUACAACAACCACUGAGGCACCAACAACUACCACUACAGAAGCCUUGACCACUACUACUGAAGCACCAACAACUACCACAACUACUGAAACUCCAACCACUACAACAACCACUGAGGCACCAACAACUACCACUACAGAAGCCUUGACCACUACUACUGAAGCACCAACAACUACCACAACUACUGAAACUCCAACCACUACAACAACUACACAGGCACCAACAACUACCACUACAGAAGCCUUGACCACUACUACUGAAGCACCAACAACUACCACAACUACUGAAACUCCAACCACUACAACAACCACUGAGGCACCAACAACUACCACUACAGAAGCCUUGACCACUACUACUGAAGCACCAACAACU